AUUUCCUCCUCUUUCUAAAACACACACACAUACACAGUUAAUACACACAUUCUUUGCUAAUUCUAUACCAAUUUCUCUUCACUGUAUAGCCGGCACAAUGAAAUUCCGAUCUUGGCUUGCAACUUGCUCCUCCUCCGUCACCACUGCCGACGACCAGCCUAUUCCACCACCAAAACUCCCAUUCUCCGACGAUGCAAGCAGCUUAUUUUCCGACAUAACCAACAGUUCACCUAUAUCAGUAAUUUCUCAAGAAACAAACAAUUCCCUUAGUAGUUUACAAAGCAACCUCUCCCUUUUAACCUUACCUUCUGUCCCUUCUCUCCAAAAUCUCUCUCCCGGUACCUUAAACCUCGUAAUCUCAGCUCGCUGCCUCAAUUCUCUUAAUCCCCGAAACGCCCUUGUCACUUUCCUAGCUGUCCACAACAAUCUCCUUUACGCUGCUUCCUCCAAUGAAAUCAACGUCUUUGAACUCACGAAUUUCACGCUUAUCGAUACUUUCAAUGGCAAAGACCCUUCAAGCGGCUCGAUAAAAUCAGUGGCUUUUCUUAAUGGUAAAAUUUUCACAGCCCAUCAGGACUGUAAAAUCCGGGUGUGGAAACAGACACCAGUUAAGCAGCAUAAACUAAUUGCGAUACUCCCAACACUUGAAGACCGGUUACGCAGAUUCGUUUUCCCUAGCAGCUAUACAAAUGUAAGAAGACAUAAGAAGAAGCUAUGGAUCGAACAUCACGAUGCUGUUUCUGGAUUAGCAGUAAAUGAAAAUUUAAUGUGCUCUAUUUCGUGGGAUAGGUCUUUGAAAAUUUGGAGCGGGUCAGAUUUACGGUGCAGUGAAUCAAUUAGAGCACAUGAUGAUGCCAUAAACGCUGUUGUGGUAGGUAAAGAUGGGACUAUUUUUACAGGUUCUGCUGAUAAACGGAUUCGAGUUUGGGGUAAACCAAAAGGGGAGAAAAAAUCAAAAUCAAAACAUGGGCUGAUUGCUACAUUAGAAAAACAUAAAUCGGCGGUGAAUGCAUUAGCAUUAAGCUCUGAUUGUUCUGUUCUAUUUUCGGGCGCUUGUGAUCGGUCGAUAUUGGUAUGGGAAAGGGAAGACAGUGCUAAUUACAUGGUGGUUACUGGUGCAUUGAGAGGUCAUACGAAAGCGAUAUUAUGUUUGAUCAACGUAUCUGAUUUGUUGUUCAGUGGAUCGGCGGAUCGGACGGUAAGGAUUUGGACACGUGGGAUUGAAGGACAGUUCUGUUGUUUAACGGUUCUGGAUGGUCAUCGGACACCGGUGAGGUCAUUGGUGGCGGCGGCGGAAACCAGUGAAUCUGACGGUGGUUCUGUGAAGUUGUUUAGUGGAAGCUUUGACGGAGAAAUUAAAGUGUGGCAAAUUGGGGUUUCUAGUUCAAGUGGCAGUCCUUUGAAAUCAUAAUAUUUGUAUUUUUUUUAAUAUGUAAAAAAGAAAAAGAAGUUUCCCAUACUAACAAGUUAUAGAUCUCUUGUUCCUUGAAAAUAUAGAAUUUUGGUCUGUUAUUUUGUGCAUCUUUUUCUGAGUCAUUUGGGAAUGGCUAACUAGGAAUUUCAAUACUUAUUAAGAAUGGUCAAGAAACUUAUUUUGGGCAAAUGUUCAAGGCUUUUAAA